UCUAUUGAGACUCUGCUGUUUGUGUUUUUAGCAAUUUAAGUAUUUUAAUGAUACAAACUGUUCAAUCGGCUUUAUAGCUUUUACAAGCCAUUUAAAAUUAAUAAUUUAUUAUCGAAUGUAACAUUGUGAUGCCGUAUCUAACAUUAAUGAACGUUAUUGUCAGUAAAGCGCAUCCACGUAUGAGUAACAGAAAAGAUGCGUCUCAUUUCACCGCUUAUAUGGUGAAUCGAUUUAUCGUAAACUCGAAUUCAGUUACUUCGUAGUGAUGUAAUCUUAAUUUAUGACAGAGUGUCCAAAAACACAGAAAAACUCCUGGUGAAGUGACUGAAAUUCACAAGACACUAUAUUAUAAAGAUGGCAUUUAUUAAAGAGGAGAUUGAAGACAUGAAGAUUGAAGAAACAUUCAGUGUGAAACAAGAAAAUACUGAGACACAAACAGACCUGAUGCCUCUGAAAGAGGAGAGUCAAGAACUGAGUGAUGUAAAGGAAGAGAAACGUCAUGAUUUUAUAACUGGAGACGAUUUUUUGAGUUGCUCCCAGACUGAAAAGACUUCCUCUCAAAAAAGAGCUCAAAAGACUGGAACUAGAAGUCAUUUCACCUGCGCUCAGUGUGGAAAGAGUUUCAAUCAUCAUGGAAACCUUAAAGUCCACAUGAGAAUACACAAUGGAGAGAAGCCUUACACCUGCCAACAGUGUGGAAAAGGUUUUACUGAAAAAGGAAACCUUAAAAAACACAUGCAAAUUCACACUGGAGAGAAGCCUUACAGAUGCCCUCAGUGUGAAAAGAGCUUCACUGGAAAAGGAAGUUUUAAAAUCCACAUGAGAGUUCACUCUGGGGAGAGUCCUUACACCUGCCCUCAGUGUGGAAAGAGUUUUACACAUAAAUCAACAAUUAAAGUCCACAUGAGAAUUCACACUGGAGAGAAGCCUUAUGUGUGCUCUCAGUGUGGAAAUAGUUUUACACAUCAAGGGUCUCUUAAUGACCACAUGAGAAUUCACACUGGAGAGAAGCCUUUUUCCUGUGAUCAGUGUGGAAAGAGGUUCAGACGUAAAGUAAACCUUGAUUGCCACAUGAGGAUUCACUCAAUAGAGGACUGUUUUAUAUGUCAUCAGUGUGGAAGUAGUUUCACAGACAGCAAUCACCUUAAGAAUCAUGUAAGAACUCACAUUGGAGAGAAGCCUUGUGUCAUGUGCCAUCAUUGUGGAAAGACUUGCUCAAGCAAAGCAAUCCUCAAGAUUCACAUGAGAGUUCACACUGGAGAAAAGCCUUUCACCUGCCCUCAGUGUGGAAUGAGCUUCACAGUUGAAGGAAACCUAAAGACUCACAUGAGAGUUCACACUGGAGAGAAACCUUUCACUUGUCCUCAAUGUGGAAAGAGUUUUACAGUUAAAGCAAACCUAAAGACUCACAUGAGGCUUCACACUGGAGAGAAGCCUUUCACAUGUCUUCAGUGCGAGAAGAGUUUCACUUAUCACACAGAGCUUAAACGUCACUUGCAAUAUCAUACUUGAAAGAAAUUGCUGUGUUGCUCAGUGUGAUGAGAUAAACUGAACAAACUAAAAAAUAAACUGAACAAUUUCUAAAAAUCAUCUGCAGAUUCAAUCUAGAGGGAGUCCACUUGUGAUAAUAUCGUGUAAAUAUUUGUCAUCACGCUAACAGAUAAGGUCAGUCAGAGGUGAGACCACCCUAUUUAAGUUUUUUUGUGUCUGUGAAUACACAAAUCCGGCGAAACACGAAAGUAAAGCAGCGCCACCAUUACUGCGGGCCUUGCUGCUGCGGAAGUAGCGUGUUAUUCUCGUAGGCGGCUAUAGCAGAUGUUAGAUGUUUUUAUUUAGUUAUUUUUUACAUAUGUCCAGUGAUGCUGGGAAGAGCGUUUUGUGUGAAUGGCUGUUUUAACAAUUUUCUCUGUAUUGUUACUGACACAUUAUGGUACGAGUUCACUGCCUGUGAAAACCUCACGACACCUUUUAAUGUGAUAAGCUCAUUUUAUUUUUUAUUUAUUUUCCUUUAUUUUAACCAGGAAAGUCACAUUGAGAUAUUACUAUCUCUUCUUCCAGAGAGACCUGGUCAAGACGGCAGCACAAGAAGUUUCAUACACAAAAUCACAGAAUAAAAUACCACAAUUUACACAUCACAAACAACAUGGAUAAAAACGAGUUAAGAAAAACAAUUGCACUUGUCCUUUAAAACAUUGGGCAGGAGACGUUUAAAGGACGUCAGAGUUGGGAGUGCAUCUAGAUUCAAUACAUUUUGUAAAUCAUUCCAACUCCAAGGGGCGUAAAAAGAAAAAGCACUUUUACCAAAUUCUGACCGAGCCCUUGGGACUUUUAGCCGGAGAUGAGAGCCAGACCUAGUUUGGUAGGUAUUUGUGUGAUAAAUUAAAAGAUUUGAUAUGUAGGAAGGUAACUUACCUAAAAGUGCUUUUACAAUAAAUAAGUGCAUGUGUAGUUUUCUCCUUUGAUUUAAAGAUGACCAAGCUAAAGAAUCAUCUGCGAUGGUAUGCAGUAUCUGCUCGUGUAAUUCUGACCUUCAAUCAAUGCCCUGUAAUUUAGGUUCUGAAGCUCAUCGCAUGCCAGAUGAUUAAUAAAAUAAUCUUGAAUACCUGUAAGAACAUGUAUUUUAUUGCUACAACUGGUCGUGGCUGAUGGUUAUCUGCAACUUGUGAAUAGGGUUG